GCGCUCUGCGGUGACGGCCCGGGACGCUGGGGCCGCCCCCGGUGAAGGCAGCCCGAGCCCCGCGGCCGGCCCUGCCGCUUCCCCCGCGGCCGGCCCUGCCCGCCCCCUCCCGCCGCAGUCGCGGCCUCAGCCCGAGCAGCCCCUGCCCGGCGAGACGGGCGUCCCGGGGAGCAGCGCCAUGAGCGGAGCGGAGCCGUCUGGGGAGACGGAGGCGGCCGCGAGCAGCCCCGCUCCCUCGCUGGGUCCUAGUGAUGCAUCUCCAGAUGAAGGAGUAGUAGAAGAUCUGCCUUUAAUAGAUGAAAAAGCUGUGGAGCAGCUAACUGAAGGACUGAUUUCUCAUUAUCUGCCUGAUCUCCAGCGAUCAAAAUCAGCACUACAGGAACUUACACAGAACCAAGUGGUGUUACUAGAAACAUUAGAACAAGAAAUUUCAAAACUCAGAGAGUGUAACUCCAUUCUGGAUAUCAAUAUUUUGUUUUCAGAAGCUAAGCUCUAUCACAACAAGUUAGUGAAUAUUAGAAAUGAGAUGAUGAUGCUCCAUGAGAAGACAUCAAAGUUAAAAAAAAGAGCACUUAAGCUGCAACAAAAGAGACAGAAGGAAGAACUGGAACGAGAGCAGCAACGUGAGAAGGAACUUGAAAGAGAGAAGCAGUUAACAGCAAAACCUGCUAGGAGGACGUGAAAGCAGAGCAUGCAACAGUCUGGCCAAGUUAAUAAUUUCUGCAUUCUCUGGAAUUAAGGCAGACUUUGCUUUAACUGGGCUACAGCUGUUAUUAGUAUCAGUUUAUGGUAUGAUAAAUUUCAGAAUGGUAAUAAUUGCGUUGGUAACGUUCAGGUUUUUUCAUUUCAGCCAUUCAAGUUGCCUUAUUUUGUAAUGCUAUGCAGUUUGAUACUACUAUAAUGUAAGUUAAUUUAUAUAUAUAUUUAUGUAAAUAGAAGAACAUAGGCAUCACAAUUAGUUUUUUCAUCUGUUCUGAUGGUAUUCAGAAUUCUGAGAGAUAUUUGGUGACUGGCAUACAUGUUUUUCAGACAGAAUACUAGCUAAAGUUCAGUUCUCAUCCCUGGAAAACCUAUUGCAGCUGGGAUCUCUAUUUAUUUAAUGCCCUGGUUCAUAAAUACUGACUUUCUGUGCAUCCCUACUUUGGUCUGUCUCUAAUGAACUGAAGAAACUUGCAGUGUGUUUGCCUGAAUGCUCAUGUUAUUACAGUAGUCUAAUUUUUUUGUCAUCAAGUAACUGAAAAACAGCUUUAAAGCAACUUCUGAAUUAUUUCCCAGCUAAAUUGGUUUGAGUGAAGAGAGGAGAAGCAGAACACUAAAGAUUCUCAAAAUGAAUGUGCACAAUGCAAAAAUGGAUGAAUUUGUUACUCCACGAACAUUUGAGUCAAAUCAGGGAACUGUUGCUUCUCUGAUUCAAUGGGAAGGCUGUGGUCUGAGCAGACUUCUAUGGGAUUAGAAGUUGUAGUUUCUUCAUUUUGUUUGACAAAAUAAAACACAACUAAAAAGAAACAAUUUCUACAUUAUGUGCAAUUCAGUCACCUGUAGGAAAAACUACUGCACCUAUUCUUUUUCUUAACCAAUUAUUUAUUUGCACUUUGGGGCCAUGUAAGAGAAUUUUUAUUGUGCUUUCCUCACCCAAAUUGAUGAUGAUUAGUGUAUACUGAUGGUAAACGUGGGGUGGCUGUUGAUAGCCAUUUCUCUGAACGUCAUAGCUUUCUUGCAGCAUUUGGUGUGAACUCCCAUUCAAAUAAAUGUAUAUGUGAAAGAGCUUUAAACUAUUUGUUCUUACAGUGUAACAAACCAACUACUUUAUUUGUGUUGUUUUUAAGUGGUCAUUUAAGUGGUGUGUUUUGAAGUAAGAUGAACAUGAGCUACGUAAAGUUUUCCAUGAAACAUGUGGUAUCAGAGUGGCACAGUCAAUGUUACUUCUGUUUUAGAUGACUUAAAAACAGUGUACACCUGCCUGGACUCUCCUGUAUUAUAAUUUUCUGAAUGUCUCAUUUCCUGUUAUUUGUCACCUUUUUCUGUCCCAAGACUCACUCUAAUGAGAAAUCAUCCAACGUCCAACGUAAACUGGGAUAAUGUUUUGAGGCCAGGAGAACAAACUACUUAAAAUAGUCUGAAGAGACAUUGAAAUGCUGUUACUGAAGCAGUAAUGUGUUAAAACUUUCCACAGGUAUAUUUCCUUUAAGUUGAUUUGUCUCUAUUAAUUGCCAGUGGAUUUUUAAGCUGUGUAGUGGUUUUUAUGUAUUUCUAAGAGAAGUGUAAAGAAUUCCCACAAUCCGUUUUUUGAGCAGAAUGUACAUAACUAAAUAUUGUUUAAUUAUUUUGUACUGUAAUUUCAAAAUUACAUUCUGGGAAUUUAAACAGUUCUUACUAAAGUUUAACACAAAACUAGAUGCCUCAGUGUCCACGUUGGGAAUAAAUUUGUGGUAUUUCUUGCUUUGUAUUCCCUCAUCAGGAAACCAGUUGAGUGUUUCAAGUUGUAGUCCUUUUCUGUGAUGAUCUGUUGGGUUAUUUGGAUUUUUUAUUAAAAAAUCAAGGCUA